CAAUUCUGCCUCUUGGUUAUGUUCGUCUUCGUUUUCCUCUGUCCAUUGCUCCUCGGCCGGUGAACAAUUCCUUUUUCCCCCACCUCUUCGCCUGUUGUUUGCCUCGCUACAUUUGCCUGUUUGUGCCCACCCGCGCAUUCCUAUAUCUUCCCUCGUCUGACCCGCUCCUCAACUCUUCCUUUCUUCUCUGCUUCCUCCUCAUACCUCAACCCUCUUUUCUUCUUGCCUCAUAAUACAAUCAAACUUUUCUCAUCCCCUUUAUCAGUUGUCUUCCACCAUGGCCACCAAAGCCACUAAGGGCAUCAAGCCUGCCAACGGCUCCAACGGUGCCGACGGCGUCCAUUCCUACCACGCCGCCACCACUCAGGAGGCUAUUAGUGCUGAGAAGGCUUUUGCUGCUCACAAUUAUCAUCCUCUGCCCGUUGUCUUUGCCCGUGCCCAAGGAACCACAGUCUGGGACCCCGAGGGUCGGGAGUACUUGGAUUUCCUGUCUGCAUACUCGGCCGUCAACCAGGGUCACUGUCACCCCAAGCUGGUAGCCGCGCUUGUGGAGCAGGCAUCUCGCUUGACCCUCAGUUCUCGUGCCUUUUAUAACGAUGUCUUUCCCCGCUUCGCUGAAUUUGUCACCAAGUUCUUCGGCUUUGACAUGGUCUUGCCCAUGAACACUGGUGCGGAGGCUGUCGAGACUGGUAUCAAGAUCGCUCGAAAGUGGGGUUAUAAGGUGAAGGGGAUUCCCGAGAACCAGGCACUCGUUCUGAGUGCGGAGAACAAUUUUCACGGACGCACAUUUGCCGCUAUUUCGUUGUCGUCGGACCCCGAGUCGCGCGAAAACUAUGGCCCCUAUCUCCCCGGUAUCGGGUGCACCAUUCCCGGAACGGACAAGCCCAUUGCCUACAACGACAAGGCGGCUCUGCGGGAGGCCUUCGAGAAGGCGGGCCCAAACUUGGCCGCUUUCUUGGUGGAGCCAAUUCAGGGCGAGGCGGGUAUCGUGGUUCCCGACGAAGAUUACCUGCAAGAGGCUAGAGCCCUGUGCGAUAAGCACAAUGUUCUAUUGAUUUGCGAUGAGAUCCAGACUGGCAUUGCCCGCACCGGUAAAUUGCUCUGCCACGAGUGGAGCGGAAUCAAGCCUGACAUGAUUUUGCUGGGCAAGGCCAUCUCCGGUGGCAUGUACCCCGUGUCUGCUGUUCUGGGUCGCAAGGAUGUUAUGCUCACUAUUGAGCCUGGCACUCACGGAUCCACAUAUGGUGGUAAUCCCUUGGCCUGUGCGGUCGCUAUCCGCGCUCUAGAGGUUAUCCAGGAAGAACAAAUGGUCGAACGUGCUGAGAAGCUUGGUCAUGUUUUCCGCGACGGACUGUUGGCCAUUCAGAACCCUAUUAUUCAAACGGUGCGGGGCAAGGGCUUGUUGAACGCGAUUGUCAUUGACGAAUCGAGGACUAAUGGUCGCACCGCGUGGGAUCUCUGCAUGCUGAUGAAGUCCAAGGGUCUGCUGGUACGUUCCAACCCAUCCGUCUCAUUUGGAAUCAAUAGUGGCGAUUUGCUGACUGUAUCGAUUAGGCCAAACCUACUCACCAGAAUAUUAUUCGUCUUGCACCUCCCUUGGUCAUCACAGAAGAGGAAAUCCAGAAGGCUCUGGACAUUAUCAAGGAGUCAGUUGGAGAACUGCCCACUCUUACCGGUGAGGUUGAGGAUGAGAUCAUUCCUCCACCCGAGAAGAAGGUCAAGGUUACCCUUGAAAACUAAAAGCCGAAACGCAAGGAGAACAUGAUCAGCCAAGUUCUCGAGCAGAGUCGAUGAUCUGUUCAUUCACGAGCUGUCACGGGGCCUGGUUAUUGUCGACGUCCAAGUCCUAGCUCAUCCUCACUCAGGACUUGAAUGUGUCCAAGCUCACUGGUGCCCGGAGCCCUUUGUCGCUCGCUUCUGGCGACCUGAGAGGUUUCCCCGUCACGAUCCGCGACAACAGGAUGUCUUCAUUGGAGGCGCAUUAUUCUGGCUGGAUAGUGGACUGGCGAGACGGGCAAAUCUCGUGGCAGAUGACGACCUGUAAUGAUUUUCGAUGACAUUAAAAGCAGUGCGUAGCAACAAAAUUGAAAGCAGCACUUU